UGGGGCAAAUCUAAAUUCUUUUUGCCUGCCCAUUAAGCGUGAGGUGAAGAAAAUGUCCGUUGGGCGAUUUCCGCACACAUAUUUCCGGAAAUUUCAGAUCAACUUUCCUUUCCUGGACGAAGAAAAUGCCCGUUACGGCUGGAAUGGUGAGCAUCGGCUUCUGCCGCAGCCGCCGCCCUCCUCCUUGCUGCUUCCUUCAUCGCAGCUCCCUCCUCCAGUCCUGCAGCUUCGUGGGCGACCGGACGACUUCGGCUGCCGUGUAGGUCUUCAAAGCUCGUCCCCAAGCCUGCUUCAAAAGGGACUGGUUAACAAGGCGCUGAGGCUUUCCGUGUUCUGCAAAGCUUUGUUCCUCUCAUCGUCUUCUUCAUCACGGAAAGCUCUGAGAUUUCCACCGAUUGCAGAUAUGCUAUACCCAUCUGGAGUUUUGCCGUCGCUUGUCUCUGUGAGCGUCGAUCGUGACAAGUCGAUCACUUUUGCAGAUACGCUAAACUCAUCUUCAUAUGUUCUUCCCAGUGCGGUUGCAAAUUAG